UGUGCCAACUGUCGUAAAAGCACAUGGAAGAAGGACAAAGAAGUGAAGGCGGACGCUAAUAAGUUAGUGUUGUUAUUUGUUCGCUAUGAUGUAAAUAUUUAUGUCGUAAAGAGACAUAUUUAAUUAUUUAUUUCAGGGUAGAACGUCUCAGUCUGCGAGAAUCUUUUCGUUGCUUUGCUAGUCAGGACUAUAAAGCUGAGAAGCGUCACGUGCUAGUUAGCUUAGCUUGUUAGCUUAGCGUGUUAGCUGCUAACAAAGAAACGCGGACGUUAUCAACACUUCGCUAAGUAGAAAUCAAAUGUGAGUGUAAAGUGUUGUGAUUGUGUGAAAAUGUGCGAAAGAACGGGAGCAAAGUGUGAGGAGGAACUUUCCAAAAGAAAAGAGGAGGACAAUCAGCUACUGGACGCUGUUUUCAAGAAACAUCAAGUUGUGUUACACAUAAAAGACGUCCAGCAGGUGUCAGCAGAGAGUCAAGAAGAGAUUCCCUCUAAGCAGCAGGAGUGGAGCUCCAGUGUGGGACAGAAGGAGCUAGAGGCCCCCUCCCACAUUAAAGAAGAAGAGGAGGAACUGUGGAAGCAGCUUCAAAGGUUGGUGGAGGAUAAUGAUGAAGCUGAAGCUCAGUCCUUACAGCUUCAUCACAGUCAAAGUGAGGAGAACAGAGGGGCGGAGCUUGUAAGUCAACACAUCACAGAAGCUGAUGGAGAGCAUUGUGAAGAUAUAAAGUCAGAACCAGACAGCAUCUUUGCUCCACUGUCAGACAUGGACCACAUGAUGUCACACUCUUCUGAUCACAGUGACCACAUCCAAAAACCUUUGAAGAGUAAAAAUGACUCUAAAGGUGAUACGAGACAUCACACUAACAACAAACACUUUGACUGCUCUGAAUGUGGGAAAUCAUUUAGACUGAAGACUGAUUUUACAAGACACAUGAGAAUACAUACUGGAGAGAAACCUUUUACUUCCUCUGUUUGUAAGAAGAGUUUCUCCAUUAAGCCUGCCAUGACCAGACACAUGAGAACACACACUGGAGAGAAACCUUUUACUUCCUCUGUUUGUAAGAAGAGUUUCUCCGUUAAGCCUGCCAUGACCAGACACAUGAGAACACACACUGGAGAGAAACCGUUUACUUGCUCUGUUUGUAAGAAGAGUUUCUCCAGAAAGUCUAACAUGUCCUCACACAUGAGAACACACACUGGAGGGAAACCUUUUACUUGCCCUGUUUGUAAGAAGCAUUUCUCCACAAAGCCUAACAUGUCCGCACACAUGAGAACACACACUGGAGAGAAACCAUUUAGUUGCACUGUGUGUGAUAAGAUGUUCUGGCAUAAGUAUCAGGUCAGUAAACACAAGUGUGUAACAGUCAUGGAAGCUGCAGGGAUUUAAAAACACUUAGUGAUUGUGCUAAAUGUACUUUAAAAACACAGCAUGUAUAAUAUGAAUGUAUAUUUGAUGUUGUAUGUAGUGCCUCUCAUCUUCUACUGUUAAAUUUAAAGGCCUACUGAAAGCCACUACUACCGACCACGCAGUCUGAUAGUUUAUAUAUCAAUGAUGAAAUAUUAACAUUGCAACACACCAAUACGGCCUUUUUAGUUUACUAAAUUGCAAUUUUAAAGGAGAACAUUAUCACCAGACAUAUGUAAGAGUCAAUAUAUAUCUUGAUAUUGCAGAAAAAAGCCCAUAUGUUUUUUUAACGGAUUUCGGAACUCUAAAAGGGUGAAUUUGGCGAUUUAAACGCCUUUCAAUUGUUCGCUGUCGGAGCAAUGACCUUUCACCUGUGACGUUACAACGGGAAGCAAUCCACUAUUUUCUCAAACACAUUACACACACAAGUCAAAUCAGCUCUGUUAUUUUUUGUUUUUUUACUACUGUUUUCCGUCCCUUGGAGACAUCAUGCCUCGUCGGUGUGUUGUCGGAGGGUGUAACAACACGAUCAGGGACGGAUUCAAGUUGACUUACGUGGCGUGUGCAUCGAUUAGCAUGGCAUGCUAAUCGAUGCUAACAUGCUAUUUAGGCUAGCUGUAUGUACAUAUUGCAUCGUUAUGCCUCAUUUGUAACUAUAUUUGCAUCCAGCCUUUCCCUCCACCCACAUUUAAUGUCAAACAAACACAUACCAAUCGACGGAUUCAAGUACACCAAAGGUCAAAAGAUGCGAAAGUCCCUUGUUUGUUCUGCACACCUUACCGACGACAGCUAUGCUACGACAGAUGGCACAGAGAUGUGUGGAUAUCCUGCGACACUCAAAGUAGAUGCAUUUCCAAUGAUAAAGUCUACGAAAUCCCAAAGGUGAGUUUUGUUGAUGUUAUUGACUUAUGUGCUAAUCAGACAUAUUUGGUCACGGCAUGACUGCCAGCUAAUUGAUGCUAACAUGCUAUUUAGGCUAGCUGUAUGUACAUUUGUAGCUAUAUUUGCCUGCAGCCUUUCCCUCCACCCACAUUUAAUGCCAAACAAACACUUACCAAUCGACGGAUUUAAGUUGCUCCAGUGGUCAAAAGAUGCAAUCGUCGGUUAGAAGGUGAUAGCCGAAUAGCUUCAAUAGCUAUUCACUCAAAAGCUUCAGUUUCUUCUUCAAUUUUGCUUUCGCUAUCUGCCUCCACACUCCAACCCUCCGUUUCAAUACAUGCGUAAUCUGUUGAAUCGCUUAAGCCGCUGAAAUCCGAAUCUGAAUCCGAGCUAAUGUCGCUAUAUCUUGCUGGUCUGUCCGCCAUGUUUGAUUGUAUUGGCAUCACUAUGUGACGUCACAGGAAAAUGGACGGUGGAUUUACAGAAAGCGAAAAUCAGGCACUUUUAAGCCUUUUUUCGGGACAUUCCAUGAUUGGAAAAAUUUUGAAAAAAACUUUGAAAAAUAAAAUAAGCCACUGGGAACUGAUUUUUGUUGGUUUUAACUCUUCUGAAAUUGUGAUAAUGUUACCCUUUUAUAUGAAUGUAUAUUUGAUGAUGUAUGUAGUGCUUCUCAUCUUCUACUGUUAUAUGUUGUCUUGGAGUUUUUAAGUUGUGUGCAUGUAUUGAAUAUCAUAUAUGUAGCUACUAAUUUAUUUGAUUUUCUCAUUGUCAUCUUUAUUUCACAAAAUGUGGACUCUAGUAGAUUAGCAGCAUUGUUACAUCAUGGAUGUUAACUACAGCAAAACAUCAACAAAGAAGAAAAAGGUUAGCAACACAUCACAGAACUUUAGAGUCACCGUGACUGGAGUUGCUUGUUUUUAUUGCUGCAUUUGUACUUAUUUCACCUCACAUCUUCACUUUCAACCCUAAAGUCUUCUUCAAAUAUAUUGUUGUAUGCUUCUAAGAUUGAUGUUUACUUUGUGUGUGUAGUCUGUGGAAAGGGUUGUUGUCCCUUGUGGAUCCAUUUGUUCACCUGAACAGAUACAACAACAUCAUCAUCAUCAUCAUUAUCAAAAUACAGAUUUAAGCACUGUAUUUGAGUGCCUCUUGUAGUACUCCAACUCGCCACACUGAGAAGUGGGGGCGAUCGUGAGCUAGCAGAUGCAUGUUGCUAUCAUGUUUUAUCAGCGAGGAAGACAGCAUUUGUGUUUACUUUUUUGUCAGAUUCAAGUUGUAUUGCUCUGCUGAAUAAAUGAAUCACUAUG